AUGCACUUUUGCAAGCUCCUAUUCCCUCUCUUCAUCGCCGCAACCAAUGCUGCCACUCUCCGAAGACUUUAUCAAUGGCCCAACAACACCGCAACUAGUGGACUAGAGAAUAUCUCGGUGCGCCCGUGCGGCGAACUGGUCAUCACCACCACUUCAGAGCCCUGCAUUUACACACUUGACCCUCAAGAACAGUCUCCAACACCGGAAAAGAUUCACUGCUUCCAGGACGCUACAGCAACAACAGGGAUCGCUGAAAUCUUCCCGGACGUCUUUGCGGUCCACGUUGGGUCUCUUGGAGGCUCGACGAACCAGUCCGGCGUAAAGGGGAGCUGGAGCAUCUGGAUCGUGGACUUCAACCGGGGGGAUGGGACGAUACCUGCCAUCACGAAAUUCGUCAGUAUCUCUCAAGCCGGUACUUUGAACGGCAUGACUGUAAUUCCUGGCCAAUGGUCCCUCCUCUCGGUCGACAGCGAGCUCGGCCUCGUUUGGAAAGCUUCAACGAUCACAGCCCAACACAGCAUUGCAGGCAACAAUAGUGCGUUUCUACCCAGCUCUGACAUUCCUCUGGGCCUCAAUGGAAUGCACAUAGACCCCAAUGCUCAAAGUCUUUACGUUACCAACACCGCGAACAAGUCCUUUGGGACGACACAUUUCAACUCGAAGACGGACAUAUUCUCUGGCUUCAGAACCCUUGCCCAUCCAGUUAAUGGAACGUUUUUCGACGAUUUUGCCGUCGAUUGGAAGUCUCAAUUAGCUUAUGUUACAGAACACGCAAACCGGAUCGUCACCAUCGAUUUGCAUACGGGCAAGAAGGAGGUUGUCGUUGAUGGACCUCAGAAUGAUGUUGGACCUUUCCAGCCGACAUCUGCUGCUUUUGGAAGAAACCACUGCUUGUUGUAUAUCGUGUCGAACGAGUAUACUGACCAAACGACGGGCGCGAACUCAAAUGGACAGGUGUUUGAGGUCCAGCUAUGUUAA